AUGACCAAGAGGAAGGUUAGCGUGGAUGGAGCAGUAAAAGUAGAGCCCCAGCAAUGCUCUGCAAGGCUGUCUGACAAGCCUGCCCCUGCCAAGGUAGACACGAAUCUGAAAAAGGACAUGGGAAGGGAUAAGUCAUCAGACAAAAAAGGGCAAACAAAAGGAAAGAGGAGAGCAAAGGGCAAACCAUCUGAGGUGGCUGACCAGCAAACUACAGAUGUGCCUGCAGAAAAUGGAGAGACUGAAAACCAGAGUCCAGCCUCUGAAGUAGAAGAGAACCAAGCCAAAUCUGACUAA